AUGGCCUCCCUCACCGACCUCGUCAACCUCAGCCUCUCGGACACCACCGAGAAGAUCAUCGCAGAGUACAUAUGUCACCUGGCUUAUGUACCAGAGCUCUGCUCACCACUACCACUGCAAUUGAUUUUUUUUCUUCUACUUCGUAAAAUCAUACUGAUCUGGUUGGUGCUGGUGCAGACCCUCUCCGGCCCGGUGACCGAUCCCAGCAAGCUGCCCAAGUGGAACUACGACGGCUCCAGCACCGGCCAGGCCCCCGGCGAGGACAGUGAGGUCAUCCUGUACCCGCAGGCUAUCUUCAAGGACCCAUUCAGGAGGGGCAACAACAUCCUUGUCAUGUGCGAUUGCUACACCCCAGCUGGCGAGCCAAUUCCAACCAACAAGAGGUACAACGCUGCCAAGAUCUUCAGCAACCCUGAGGUCGCUGCUGAGGAGCCCUGGUAUGGUAUUGAGCAGGAGUACACCCUCCUUCAGAAGGACACCAACUGGCCCCUUGGGUGGCCUAUUGGUGGCUUCCCUGGCCCUCAGGGUCCUUACUACUGUGGAAUCGGUGCGGACAAAUCAUUCGGCCGUGACAUAGUUGAUGCCCACUACAAGGCUUGCCUGUAUGCAGGCAUCAACAUCAGUGGCAUCAACGGAGAGGUCAUGCCAGGGCAGUGGGAAUUCCAAGUUGGACCGUCUGUCGGCAUUUCUUCGGGCGAUCAGGUUUGGGUUGCUCGCUACAUUCUUGAGAGGAUCACCGAGAUCGCCGGUGUGGUGUUGACAUUCGACCCGAAGCCCAUCCCUGGUGACUGGAACGGCGCCGGCGCUCACACCAACUACAGCACCAAGUCCAUGAGGAACGAGGGCGGGUACGAGGUGAUCAAGGCUGCCAUUGAGAAGCUGAAGCUGCGGCACAAGGAGCACAUCGCGGCCUACGGCGAGGGCAACGAGCGCCGGCUCACCGGCAGGCACGAGACCGCCGACAUCAACACCUUCAGCUGGGGAGUGGCCAACCGUGGCGCGUCGGUGCGCGUGGGCCGGGAGACAGAGCAGAACGGCAAGGGCUACUUCGAGGACCGCCGGCCGGCGUCCAACAUGGACCCCUACGUGGUGACCUCCAUGAUCGCCGACACCACCAUCCUCUGGAAGCCCUGA